AUGACUUCUGACAUCGCUCAAAAUGUAUCGGCACCUGGUAUUCAUCCGGAUCAUCACAAAUUUCAACGAAUUCUUUACUAUCAUAAUAACAAUAUUAGCACUUUUGAACUUAAACGAGUUACGUUCGGGGUUUCUGCAGCCCCAUUUUUAGCUAUACGCACCGUAAACCAACUUGCUGAUGACGAAUCUCAUAAUUUUCCUGCAGCUUCAAAAAUAUUAAAACGAGAUCUUUAUGUCGAUAAUCUAUUAACUGGAUCUAAUUCUUUGACCGAAAUUUUAAAAUUGCGUGAUGAAAUCAUUCAACUGGUGCGAAAAGGUGGAUUUGAACUCAGACAAUGGGCUUCAAAUCAUCAACAUGCACUGAAUAAUUUCGAUCAAAGAACUUUAGAUUUAGAUUGUGCUAUCAAUGAUGAUCCAAUUUCUAAAACUUUAGGCAUUGCAUGGAAUUCUCUAACGGACGAAUUUAUUUACACAGUCAAACCAAUUGACUCGUCGCGAAAAAUAACUAAGCGAACCAUCCUAUCUGAUAUUGCAAAAAUUUUCGACCCUAUCGGAAUUCUAGGUCCUAUAGUAUUAGCGGCAAAAACCAUCAUUCAAGAAUGUUGGAAAUUAAAGGUCCACUGGGAUGAAGCGGUCCCACAAGAGCUACAUUUACACUGGUGUAAAUUUGCUGAACAAUUACCUCUGAUUAAAGAUUUUUCUAUUGAGCGCAAUAUUUUACUUCCCAAUCCGACUGACAUACAAUUGCACGGAUUUUGUGACGCUAGUAAAGUGGGCUAUGGUGCUUGUAUUUAUAUAAGAUCAGUAAAUAAACGCGGAAACGUACUCACAAAAUUAGUUUGUUCUAAAUCUCGAGUUGCUCCCAUCAAAGAUGUUACAAUUCCAAAAUUAGAAUUAUGCGGAGCAUUAUUACUUGCUAAAUUAUAUAAAGACACAAUUCCCUCCUUUGACUUUGAUAUUUCUAAAGUUACGUUUUGGUCUGAUUCAACUAUUGUACUUCAAUGGCUCAAACGGUCUCCUAACUCUCUGAAGGUCUUUGAAGCAAAUCGCGUAACAAAAAUUCAAACUCUUUGCAGUAAAGUCGAAUGGCGACAUGUUAGAACCAAAGACAAUCCGGCAGAUUGUUUAUCUAGAGGUCAACUUCCUUCUGAAUUCUUAAAUAACAAAAUGUGGUUAGAAGGUCCCACGUGGCUCUCACAGGACUCUCUUAAUUGGCCUAAUCUUAAAGCCUGCUGUUCCUUCCGAACUUCCAGUGAUCCUAAUGAUCCUAUUGCCUUGACGCCUGCUCAUAUUUUAAUAGGACGUCCUCUCACAAUGCUGCCUGAAAAUGAUUUUUCUGAUGUUCCAGAUAACAGACUCAAUGUUUGGCAAUUCAUUAUCAAGGCUAGACAAGCCUUUUUGGAGACGUUGGUAUUUGGAAUACCUCCAUGA